CCAUAAUAUAUGUUUUCGUGCUAGAAUAUGUCUCCGGUUGCUAUGACAACAAAUGUCAAAACUAUGGACACUUAGCACGUGUUUCGUUAUACUUGCUCAGUUUUACAUAAUAUUAAUUUAGAUUUAGAAAUAAUGGACAAAGGUAUUCCGCCAGAUCUUCACAAAUGGCUAAGAAAAUGCUUGAAAAAGGAAUUCGGGAAAACUAUACAAAGUGCUAUAGACAAGGAACAAGAACCUAAUGAGAUCGCGUAUAUGCUCACGCAUUCAAAGGAUAUGAACGUUUUGCUGAAUUCUAUGAAGAAGGUAAUCGCUGAGCAAUAUGUAGUAGUAAAACCUUCAUCAGCAGCAUCACAAUCGCAAUCGUCACUUUCCUUCGCCAGUGAUAUUACAGCGGACGAUUGGGCCUCUCCUCAAGGAAACGGAGAGAAAUAUGAUUGUAUUAUCGACAAAAUCAGUCGCGAUAAGCCGGUCCACGUAAGAUUGGCCGGCUAUGAAAUUUUAUUAAAGAUCGAAUUGUCCAACAUAAAUAGCAGUUCUCAGUGGGAUGUUUUUCAAAAGACGUUGCUGGAUGGUCUCACGGAUGAUAACAGAGCCAUAUUUGAGGCUAGCAUGCAAGUACAUGCAAAGUUGCUGAAUUGUUCACAACUGCACGAAACUUAUGGCAAUCUAUUGAGUGCGUUCAACGCACAGUAUCAUUCACAGAAAUUACGCGAGACCCUGCCCACUUUGAUUUCUGGAAUUAAUUUCAAAUUCUUCCUACAUGAAAAAUUAUUUUGUAUAAUGUAUCUGAUAAUCCGUUAUCAGGAGGAAAUGUUGAAGAACACUAGGCACAGCGACAAAACUAUAGAAGAAAUCAUUGAACAAUUUAUAGUAUUUCUUAGUACACAUAGUUUCGGCAAUACGUUACAAUCUAAAACUUUAAACAUGUUGAACAUUAUCUCGGUAUUAGAGCCACAGGCCAAAUGGAGUAAAAGGUGGCUUCAUAGUCUUUCUACCAGAAGGAUUUUUGUAACUGUCCUGGGAAAGUCCCCAACAUUCCUGCAGAAUGUUGUUGAAUGUAUUAAGAGCGGUUUGAAAGAAAUAUCCUAUUCCUUGUCUGUUUCCAUUAUGGAUGAAAACAAUGAGCUAUGUAUUCCCGGCAAUACAAUAGAAACCGUAACUUAUUUACAUUGUUUGGUCUUUGUCUCGCAACUUUGUAGCUAUGAGGUAAGCAGAAAAUUGCUCACGGAGAGCUUGUUGACAAUCCCAUUUGACACAGCUGAUUUCCUGAUGGAAUUGUUAAAUUCUUUGAAUAAAUUAGCUGCGGAAGCACCAAGUGGGAUAUAUAAUACUUCCUGUGCUGCUCUUCAAAAUGUGCUGAAUAUAUCAGAUGUAUUAUAUAAUAUUGAAUUUUAUCACGCUGCGUUAUGCCGUCUAACAUCUAUUCCUGAAAACAAUAUAAAAAUAUGGCCACAUACAUUAAAUAUUAUUUCUCAUAUGGUGAAUACGGCGGAUGGUCCAGAGUUUUUAAUUACAAAUUGUAAAGAACAUUCAAGAAAUUCCGAAAAUGCAUCAUCAAAAUGUCCAGUUGCGAUCGUAGUGCAAUAUGCAUCGAAUUUAUUAAAACAGCCAUUCUCUAUAAUGGAUACAAAAUGUAUUCUGAGUUCGUUUAAAUUAGUAGAAAAACUAUUUGACAUUUAUGAUGUUUAUGAGGCUGCGCAGGAACAGAUCGAGACGCAGUUUUAUCCAGCCGUAGCUAAUUUUUAUAAAAAGCUGAACAAGUGCGGCGUCGAAAAUGAGAAUAAAAUUCAGCAACUCGAUAGUGCUGUCAAGAAGGUUUUAUUAAAAAUGGUAACGAUACCGCUUGGCUUGCAAGCGCUCGUCAACGAAAAAUUAGUUUUCGAGGAACUGAUUCGUGGCUCGAUCGCUCCUUUAAGAGUAAUAUGGAGUUUUACCGACAUAGUUAGCUUCAUUUCAUCAGCCGGUUACUUCGACAUAGGCUACGACGUGCUUGCAGAUCUCGCACCCCAUGUUCUGUCGACUUUGCUGUCACAAAUUUGCACAAAUGUAGAAGAUCCCAAAUUCUUUCACGAUCCUUGGGACAAAGAAAAUAUUGACGAAUUUCUACACAUACUUACAUUAUUUUCGCUAAAUUUCAAUUGUUUCGCCGCGUUCAUGAUAAAUGACAACGAAUCAGAUAAUAAUGAGGAAAAGGAUUAUCCCUUGAAUUUGUCUGAACUAUUGCAGGCUGCAAUAAACGAGGAUUCAACUUACCAUUAUUUAGCUCUUUUGUCGUUAAAUACAGUAAUUUGGAAUUUAGAUGUUUGUGCUUAUCUGUUAAAUUCGUUGAACUUCCAGCAAGCGUUAUUAAACAUUCAAAAGGAUAGCACAAUUAUGAUUGAGGUUCGUAAGGAUGAAACUGAUGAAGAAACUUAUUAUGAAAAGACAGAGGACAACGAUAAUAAUGAUGAUAGUAGUGACAAGCCAGAACUGAUAAAGGAAUACAUAAUUGAUGAAUCUAGUUUCUUACGACUUAAUAUUUUAUUAAAAUCAUAUUACAUGACACAUAAAAGAAAGCAACAUACAAUGCCAUUUGAGGAAUAUGAAUUUUUUUCGGAAUUUCCACCUCCCAGAGUAUAUGAAGAUAUGAUGGACUUGCCAGAAGUCGAAUGUGAUUCAGAGUUGAAUGAUAUGUUACAGGAGGAAAGGCCUGGAUUGCUAGAUAUUAGUUGGGUGUCGCAAGUUAGGGAGGCUUAUAAAGCCUCGCGAUGUCCACUCAAGAAUUCGAUGAUGACGAAUCUAUUGAAUCAAAUGCACAAGGCCAUUCCAACUGCAGAAUGGGUGGAACAAUUUGAAUGGAAGGAAAAUAUAAUAUAUGACACGGACUAUUGGCUCCCGGAAGAUAAACAUGCAAUUAACAUUGCUUUGAAUUACGCAGAACAACGAAAGAUCUUGAAGAACAAUGAGGAUAACCAAAAGAAUUUGAAGCAAUUCAUUCAUUCUGCUUAUAUAUUUAUACAAUAUAAUAAACCGAACAGAUUCGAAGGUUUUGAUUGGUUUUUAGCAACAGUGUUCAUUAUCUGUGAUGGAAAUCUAAACAAAUGCAAAACUUUUAUUAUGCAAUUAAUUCAAUUUCCAUCAACAUUACUUCUUUGGCCAAAAAUUGGGAAAGUUAUUGAUGAAAAAAACAACGAAGGCACUAGUUCACAGUUUACUUUUAUGCAAGUUUUAGAAACUAUGGUUAAUAUCGAGCUUCCAAACAUCAAAUUUGGAUUAAAAGACGUUUGCGGUAUCGAUUGGUGGAUGAUAUUCAAUAGAAUGCUAUCACAAUGCUUCUGGGGAAUUCUACCGUGGAGUGAAAUUAUUCAUUUUUUUGCAAUUUGCAUUUUGUAUCCGUUCGACUACAUGGUGUAUUAUUCCGUAUCACUUCUACAAUUCUGCCAAGAAGAGUUGCUACAAGAUUUAAUAAAUAAAAAAAUGUGGCCAGAAAACAUGAUAUUGGACAAGUAUCGCUGUCAUAGUUACAUUACGUACAUGGAUAAUUUAGGUCAACGAUAUAGAAAUCGGGUUUUACCGGCAAUGACUAAAAAUUUAAAUUCAGAAGACGAAAUAUAAAUGCAUAAACAUCUUACUAUUUCAGUAACUUAAA